UCGACAACAAUUCUCUGAUGAUACUGAAUUUUCUAGUAAUGAUCCCGAACAGAAAUCUAUGAGACUCAUAGUGGCUGAAGGACUUUAUUACUUGUGUUCUACUACUGAAUAUCACGAUAUGCCUCUUAUCGAGAUUAACAAGUGCAUUGAUAAG